AACAGCGAGGCAAACAAUAUGGCAGCGUGCAUGUCUGCUAGGAGGAUUUGCGCGAUCUGUGGAUCAAGAAGCAAUUCAUUUUCACGCUUUAUUGUGUCGUUUUGCAAACCUGCGGCACCGAAUUAGAGGACAGUGCAAGUGGUUGUAUUACAGCCAUGGAUUGCGACGUUGAGCGCGCCGACGACGCUAAGAACAGCGCAACGGUAGUCAACGGAGUUGGUGACCCGAUGGAAACCAACGUUACUAACGCCAUUGAUACGACGAUCGACGUUGACGAAUCGUCGCAGGCGAUCGCAGAAUACGAAGACGCAGACGUCGACGCCGGCGCCGAGCAUCGAAGGCAAAUUCUCGAACCGGACAGCAAUUACGAAGACGUUGAGCGCGCCGACGAUGCUAAGAACAGCGCGACGGUAGUUAACGGAGUUGGUGACCCGAUGGAAACCAACGUUACUAACGCCGUUGAUACGACGAUCGACGUUGACGAAGCGUCACAGGCUAUCGCAGAAUCCGAAGAAACAGACGCCGCCGCCGAGCAGCGGAGGCAAAUUCUUGAUACAGUCGCUGCGUCGGAUGGAUUCUUCAAGCACCAGCAGCGUAAUGAACCGGACCUCAGUUACGAAGAGAAGCGCGAGAUCGCCGAGAAGACAUUGGACAGCAACGUUCCGCUGUUUCUGCAGCGCUACGCCAAGUUCCUGUACAGAGAAGACGCUUCGUACUUCGAAGCGCUUAGGAGGGUGGACUACGAGGUCGACUUUCACGUGAGGGAGAUCGAAAGACGCAGCCGAGAUCGCUCCCGAGAGCUGAGCGUGCAAACGAAGAAUAGGCGAUACGAGGCUCUCGAGAGACUUAAGACGGGUGGCGAGUACUUUAGCGACAAGGAGAUGCGACGGCGAAAUCCGUUGCUGUUCGAGCAGAUGAUCGGCCGCUAUAUGACGGAGAAAGAGAAACAAGACCUGGACAAGAUGGACUUUUCGACUCUAACGUUCUCUGGCUUGCUCAUGGAACACAUAGACCGGAACGAGGUGACGAGCCUGCGACGACAACAGCAGGACCUUGAGGAGGCAACAUUUGAAGAGAGUGACUCAGACUCUGAAGAAGAAGAGUUUGAAGAAGACACGGCACCUGUUUCUGCAACCGAAAAACGCCUUCUGAGAAAUGAGUUUGUGAACACAAUGUACGAGAGCUUCCUUUCUGGAAAAGACAAAGACUACGAUUAUGGGUCUGUUGACAAUAAUGCGGACUUCGAUUCCCUCCAAACGAGGCAACACGAUGAGGAAGAAAAGUACUUUGAUGCCGAAGAACCAGAGAUAUUGGACACAGUCACGUGAUGGGGUCCUUCAAAUGCAAGCUACUUCAGUAACUUGGACAUGUAAAUAAACUAUAUCCACAGGUGACAA